AGGUGCCGAAGGUGGUCCUCGUCGGGGCCACCAUGCCGAGCUGGAGGCUGAUCGCGGGCUACCGCGAGGGGAAGGACAUGGCCGAGGCGGAGGCCAGGCGCGUGGCGGGCAGCAGCGCCGUGCUGCUGCUGAAGCCCGGGGCCGUCACGGGCUCGCGGAAGGCCGGGUCCGUCUCGGUGCCGCUGUGGUGCAUAUUGGAGCCCGCCAGGACCGGCCACGAUGCGGCUGCUGGGGGGGCCCUGCAGGUGGCUGGAGUCCGCGGCGCCCAGCCUUCUGGGAGGACCGAGUCCUCCGCCCCGCCGUGCGGGUAGAGGAGCUGGCGGCGGCCGCGGCGGACGCCAUCGAGGACUGGACGAGUCGCUUUCCCCCGGCGUGCGGGUGCUGGGCCCGGACGAGCUGGUGGGCUACAAGGCUGUGAAGGCGAAGGCCUGACACGGUGAGCGGAGGUUUGCUGGGGAGGGCACAUGGCAUAUGAGGCGAGAGCAGACAUUCAGUUUGCACCAGUUAGCGCAAUAUUUUCUAGCGAUCCCCGCUGGCGGUGUUUCGCUGCCUUGGUACAGCUGGGGGAGCCAGUUUUCUUGUAGAGGCUCGCAGCAACCCGUGUCAUGAAUCGUAGCUCUUUUUUAGACCUCCGGUUUCUGUCCAUCUGACGUGCCUCCCCUGCUUUCCGACUUCACCGAGACCCCUAGGGGGUCUUUGCUCCCUCCUCAGAUGUUGCUCGCGGCAGUACCGUGACCGUCGACCAGGGAAGGAUUCGGCCAGGCGAAGCUCGGCCAGGCUGAACCCGGCCAGUUGCACUUGGUCAGCCAGCCGAGUUUAGCCUGGCCGAGUUCAGCUGGCCGAUUUCGGCCUGACCGCGUUUUUCCUGGCCGAGGUUAGUUGCUGCCCGCCCCCUCCCGCCCCUCGACGCCCUCCGACGCCGCCCGUGCGUCUCGGCGCGGCUCGCUGGCGGUUGCCGCCAGUCCGCAGUGAGAGCCGCCUGGGUGAGUGUGUGGGUGGGGGGGCGCGCCGCGUGCGCGCGGGCGUGCUGGUGAUGGUCGCUGCUGCGACAGGCUGCAGAGGACCACCUGUCCGCGCCAGAGAUCCUCAGAGGAGAA